AUGCUAAUCCCCACCGGCUAUGACGGCGAUGGCGAUUAUGUGGCACUUUCUCCACAGCGAAGACAUAGAAUAUCAAAAGCUAUCAAACAAUGGUCAAGGGAGAGGGCUUCGAAUUACUUCCAGGAAGAGCCUUCAGGGCUGGGACUUCAAAGACAUAGCAGCGAGGGUGGUGAGGACCAUCCUGAGCUGGCACAGGUUCUUCUACCGCUGCAUAUGCGUGGGAUGGUUAACCGAAACUCCCUUCCUCCAGUUGUAGGAGAUUCUCGGGCUGUUGUCUUUGGCCAUAAGGACGCUGGAUGGGUGUGGGACGACUUUGGUGAUCCCGCAAAAGGAGAACUACCUGAUUACGAAGAACAGUCGGAUGGUGAAGAUCCUUUGGACAGCGACGUUGGUCAAAGUACUGUUCCCUCUUUGGAAGCAGUGGAUGAAUUAGAAAGUGGUUCAUUGUCGAGUAACGAUGACAGCCUCUAA